GUAGGUAGGGUCAACCUUAUCAUCGUACACGUAAUCACCCGUCCAGGUAUAUGAUGCGCCGUAUUACACUGGAAACGGCCCCAUUUUGCUUUGCACCUCCCGUUCUGUAAAAUUACUCCUUUACCCUCACUAGUCCCGUACAAAAUCUUAGAGUAAAAAGGGCAUUUUGGACCUUUAGGUACAAUCCAAUCAGCAACCAUUUCCUGCAAACCCACAUUUCGUCCAAAAUAACGCACAAUUCCUUACAAAUUUUCUGUGUGUAUAUAUAUAUAUAUACACACACAUAUAUAUGCACAGUAGAUAUUUAUCGUCUGGAGAUGGAGGGUCGUGAAUUUUCGCACCACCAAACCACCGUAUCAGUCGACGAAGGGUCGGAGGCGCUCUUCCACAGCCGCCGCCGCGGCUGCUUCUUCUUCCCCUGCUUCGACAGAUCGGCGGAACCCUCCCCCUCUCCGUCCGCCGGAUCGAGAUGGUGGCGGAAGGCACGCGCGGCGGAGAACGGCGGCGGAGACAACAACAACAGCAGCAACAGCAGCACCCUGUGGUCGCGUGGCGUCGACGCGCUGAUGAAGAUCCGCGAGUGGUCGGAGAUCGUGGCCGGGCCGAGGUGGAAGACGUUCAUACGGCGGUUCAAUCGGAACCGGAGCGGGAGCAGGGCGGCGAAUUUCCAGUACGAUCCGCUGAGUUACGCGAUGAAUUUCGACGAGGGGCCGGGGCAGGGGCAAAACGGUCAAUUGGACGAGGAAGGGGAAGACGGCUACUACUAUGGUUCUCGAAACUUCUCUUCAAGGUACGCCAAGGGUUCAAUGGACCUCGGCAAGGAUGGGCCCACCUUCGUCUAACCUGCGCCGGAUUAUUUCGUCUAACCUGCGCCGGGUAAUUUGAUUGGUUGGAAUUUGGAUACAUCUUUCUCGGUAGGCAGUAAGUCCUCAAUUUAUUGUUAAUUACAGCUCAUUUUUAUUUUUUUAAUAUUGUAUAUAUUUAAAGAUGAAUUAAAUUAAGAUUUUUUUUUUUUUUUUGCGUGCAAGUUUUUUAAAGGUUUAUGAUUAUUGUGUGAUUUCAUAAAAAAAAAAAAAAAAAAGUGGAUUAAUUAAUAAUUGUUGUUUUCUUGUUGGAGGAAUAAAGUAAGUUUGUUUGGUGCGGGGUCAAACCUAAGUGGAAACUUGAAAUGACACCUUUUUUUCUCCCUUUA